AUGGAAGGUCCCCUCAUAGCAAUACAGCGUCUCCUUCCAAAAGUCUCAUGGCAUAUCGAAAACUAUGACGUCCCUUUUCCACUAUCAGGCGGUCAUGAGCUGGCAAAACUAGCCUUCCGAGAGAUAUAUCAGCGUGAUGUACGAGCAGAUAUUGUUGGGGGUAUGAUUGUAAGAGAUGAAUACACGGGGUGGUUAGUUGAAGCUCGUCCAGAUAUGUAUGUAACACCUGAGAUUCCCUGCUUAUCUUCAAGAGCCGAGAGCCUAAACCAAGACUCCUUUGACUUUAGUAUGAUCGACUACUACGGCAUAACAUUCGAUCAUCUCGUCCCGCCCGGCGACCCCGAUCCAGAAGUCCUACAACUCAAUACUUUUGAGAUAGAAGAUGAUGGAGGCAUAUACGCCAACACCUACAGCCGAUUGAAAAUUGAUCCUCCGGAUUACAUUGGGAAGAAAGUGCUUGCGCUGCCGAGGUGUUGUCAAACGAGGAAUGGAACGACGGAUCGGAGGCGAGUUAAUGAGGGGGUGAUGAGAAGGGAUGGGAUUGAAAUAGAGGAAGAGGCAAAAAUAGAGGUGCGAGGGUGA